CAUACAGAACGUCAGUUAAUGAGAACUUACCCAGCUGGUAUGAGAAUUGAUUCCUCCAACUUUAAUCCUGUUAUAUUCUGGGCGUUUGGUAUACAAAUGGUGGCCUUAAAUUACCAAACUGAAGAUACAGCAAUGUCGUUAAACACGGCCAUGUUUGAAGGAAAUGGUAAAUCAGGCUACGUGUUGAAACCGACGGUGAUGAGAGACAAGACUCAUAUGAUGUAUAAUCGUUUUAAUCCGUGGGAUAAAGAAUUCGAUGGUCUUCAUGCCACCAUACUUACCUUACAUAUAAUAUCAGGACAAGAUGUGUGUUAUAACCAUACAGCCAGUACACAGAUUGAAGUUGAGAUUAUUGGUAUACCUGUUGACUGUGCUAAACAAAAAACUAAACUAGUCUCCAAAAAUGCUCUUAAUCCUAUCUGGAACGACAUCUUCACAUUUCAGGUUUUAUUUCCCGAUCUUGCCUUUAUUCGAUUUGUUGUCAUAGAUACGAAUACCAACCAUCUUGUAUCACAGAGAAUCAUUCCAUUAAAAUGCCUCAGACCAGGUUAUCGCCAUGUCAGAUUACGGAGUCCGUCCAAUCAGCAUUUAGAGCUGGCUACGUUAUUUAUAUACUCGAAACAUGAAGAAGAAUUACUGGAACCAACCAAUGGGGUUGAUUUAAUUCAUCCAUCACAUGGCAGCGGGAAACGAAUGUCACUAUUUGCCAAGGUCAAGGAGUUGUCAGAGUAUGGAAGAGCUGAAGGAAAAGAGGUCCCUGGUCCUCUUGGUACAAGAUUAAAAAGAAGAAUGUUUUUUAUCAGUGUAUUUGGAGUUACUGCCCCUGAUGAGUAUAUUAUAUUAAAGACGACCCAAGAUACAACAGCUUAUGAUGCCAUUGCUCAGGCAAUGGCUAAAGUUGGUUGGUUAGAGGAGAAAGUAGGAAACUAUGUGUUGGUUGAAGACGUACAGAGUGGUUGGGAGAAGAAAGAUCAGGAGAAGGCCAGCUCCCAGAGAAUACUGGAGAUGACAGAACGUGUUUUACAGGCCCAGAAUAAAUGGAAGGGAGCUGGUAGAUUUAUACUCAGAAAAUUAGGCGAUGAUCCCAGCAGUCGAGCUUGGAUGACCACCAUGUUAAAAGAACAAAAGAGAUUAGAGGAAGAUACGUCUGAUUGGGAAUCAACAGAACAUAUGUUUGUCGUCUGUGUAUAUAACGUAUCCCCUGAUCAACCAUAUACUGUAUUUAAAGCACCUGUAACUAGUACAGCUCAAGAUAUAAUAACACAGGCCAUGAUGAAAGCUCAUCGUACAAAUACACAAGAUCCCCGUGGUUACGUAUUAGUGGAGGAGACAGAGGUCAUAGGUGAAAGUCAUUCGACCCCAGGUCAACCCCGUACCAGUGAUAGAUGUGAAAGUCGUAUUGUCGCAGACGAUGAGAAUGUCUAUCACGCUCAGAAUGAGUGGAAGAUGAAAGGCCGUUUUGUUUUAAUGGAACGAGAAGCAGCCAUGUCCUGCACAGAGGAUAAAGAACGUAGUUGUGAUUGGAAGGGCAAUCUGUCACAUGGUUUGGCAAAAAAAGGGAUGGGAUCCCGUCGUAUACAGAAACACCAAUCAGCAGGUCCUGAAAGAAUGAUUCCAUCACCACAUAUGUCAGGUAAAAUAAACGAAUCUUUUCAGCGAUCCAUCAGUUUCCCGGCUCCAGUAACAAGCUCUUCAAGCGUAGCAUCAGGAAAAUCUUCGCCAAGUCCAAGCAUGGGUGACAAAAGCCCAUUCCGAAUAAAAAAAUUCUCAAAACUUUCCAAUUUUAAGUUGGGUAAAUGAGAGAUUGUUUGAAUCUAUUGUCCGAAUAAUAGUGAUGGUAUUUCUGAGGCUGUGUCAAUCCAGGAUUACGGUACCAAGCCAUGAUGAAGAGAGUGGUGGAAGAACAAUAGGACACAGACCCAAUGUUAAAAAAAAAAAAAAACGAAAGUAGAACUGUUUUGAGUACCAUAAUAGUAUAAUAUUAACCCCUCGUUAUGGGAGGAAACCUAAUCAUCUCUUUAACCACAUAUUUCGACUGAGAUAUUCAGCAAAAAAUGUCCACAGUUUUCUGUAGUUGAACAAUUAAAUGUUGUUGGUUUUUGUUUACUCAUUUUAAAUGGAAUUGUUUAAGAGAUGGGAGUAUUUUAAAAGGGGAAUUCCAUUGCCUUAACUUUGACACAACAGCCAUUAUUGUAUGAUAUGAAAGUUGAUGUUUUUAUUUAAAACUAGAGUGAAGAGAAGAAAGGGGAGGUAAAUCUAGUCUAAUAAUUCUAGUUACUAUAUUUAUAUACCUACAUGUUUUUAUAUUUAACACAAACAGUUGUAAAUAUUUUAUAGUUAAAACUCAUUAUCGUGUACAGGUAUCGUGUUAGGAGCCAUUUAUAAUUCACCAUUGGUGUCGACCAGGACUCUCAUUUUAACCAUGUCCGGCUUGCAUUAAAAAUGUCCGGCUGAAAACUCGAUCUGUUAGAAGGAAUUUUAUGUUUUAUUUUAGAGUCCUGGGAUGUUGGCCUGUAUGCAUGCCCAUUUAAAUGUAGACUUAAUUUAAAACUGGAUCUGUUAGAACUGAGAUGUUGGCCUGUACGCCAUUUUAAAUCUAGACUCAGUUUAAAACUUGAUCUGUUAGAAAGAUUUUAAUGUUUUUUUUUAGAGUUCUGGGAUGUUGGCCUGUACGCCCAUUUAAAUUUAGACUCAAUUUAAAACUUGAUCUGUUAGAAAGAUUUUAAUGUUUUAUUUUAGAGCCCUGCGACGAUAACGAGUAAAGAUGUCUUGUUAACUGUGGGGAUGAAAGAUAUACAGUAUAUAGCUUGAUAUGAAAAUUCAUCUAAUUUUUUUUAAAAAGUUGACUUUUUUCGGCCAACAAUAAUUUAAUUUACAGUAGAUUGUUUAUCAUCAGAAAUAAUUAUUACUUCUUGUGAUAUUAAUUUCACAUUAAUUAAAGUGCUUGGUAUGAUUUUAAAUGUGCAGUUUUGAUAAUUUGAAUGUUGUAGAAGAAAUUUUAGAAUGAUUCUGUCCGUAAUGAUAAAAAAAAGUCAAUCAAUUUAAAUGUGGGUAGAUUUUGUUUCUAAGUUUCAUUACUGUUUUUGAAUGUACAGUUAAACUUGUGUUAAAGACCAAUAUAGAUAAAAGAUAAAAAUGGUCUCUAACUACAGGUAGUUACUUAUAAAAUGACAUGAUUUUAUAAGCAUUUGUUUUUAACACGGAGAGUAUUGUUCAGUUAGUUAUAUAUUUAAAGACCACACUAUAGGAUAGAUAUUGAAUGGUCUUUAACCACAGGUGGUUGCUAGAUACAAGGCAAAAUGAUAAUUUGAUUAUUUGUGAAGUUUUAGCAGUGAUUAGUAUCACCUGUAGUGUAUAAUGAUGUCAUCACUAAAAACAGGGGAGACAACUUAUGAAUAAUAUUUGUAUUGUUAAUUUUGUCGGUGAAAGCCUAUCAUUGUCUGCUUUUACUUUUGAAAUAAAAAAAAGAAAGUAAAAACAGCUUGUAAAUAAUUCCACACACAUUAAUAAUAAUAAUAAUAAUGAGGUGGAAAACUCGCAUAUGUAAUAACAUGUUUAAAAGUAAAUUUUAAUUCCAAUUUUAGGAGUUGUAAAUAAAUAAUUUGAAAAUAAAGUCAUCCAGAUAUUUACUCAAAUUUUUACGUUUUAAUUUUAUGAUGAUGUAAUAAAUGUUUGUUGCUAUAAGAAAAUUUUAUACCUAUUUGAAUAUUGAAUAUUGAAUAUAUUAUAUAAGCUAUUGAAAUGAAUUUAGUUGAAUAAUAUGGAUAAUAUUAAAGUAUAUGUAAUCUACUAUGACAUGUAAAUAUAUGAUAAUAUACUUUGUUACAUAUUUGUUAUUUGUAUUUUUGUAAAAGUAGAACAAAGUAAUACAUUGUUUGUAUUUAUUUCACUUGUUUAUAUUACAGCAUUGAUUGUUUGUUAAUUAUCUUUCACAUUUAAAACUUUAGCCAGCCAGUCCGCCAUUUUGAAUCAGGAACUCGGACGGAAGCAUAUUGCUCUUGUUCGUCUUGAGAGCGACGCUCUUUGAAUAAAAAAAAAACUAAGGCUCCGCCAAUUCCAGUACAAUUGAUGAGAAACAUGACAUGCUCAUUCCUUUAACAAUUGUGCAGCGAUUGAAGGACUUUGAUUUUUGAAAUGAUAUCAUAAUUCCAAGAUGGCUGCGAUGACAUCACACUUGGUUCCUGGUCCAUAGUAUGCUAAUACCUGUUUACAGUACACAUGUUUAAAAUUGAAAUCUAUUGUUAUACGUCAAAUCACAAUAUGCCAGAAUAAAGUGUGUAUAACCGUACACAAUCAAAAGUAACAUUUAUUAAAAAAGGUUUUGGUCCAAACAAAAAUUAAUCUAAUCUUACUUAGGACCAUUUCAAGUUUCCGAUGGUUUAUAUUGAUUAAAAAACGUUUUGGUCCAAUCUGAUUAAAACACAGAUCUUAUUUCGUUUUUGUUUUUUUAUAAUUCAAAAUCCAAAUAUUAUUGAAAUCUAACUUGAGUGAGGAACAUUUUGAAUUAUUAUUGGUGUCACUGAUUUCACAUUUUCAAAUAUAUGUGAAUGAUCUGGCUUUUUGUUCCUUUAAAAUCACCAUAGAUAAAAUUCAAUUAGUGAAGUUGUAAUGUUGAAAAACUCUGAAAUUGUUUUAUAAAUUAAACAACUGAUGAGCGCUUUACUAAAAAUAAAAAAACUAUUAAGCCGAUAUGUGUUUCAAAUUUUUACUAAAAAUAGGCUCUUUACUUAAAAAUAUCAAUGGUAAAAUAACGAUCUAUAUAAAUGUUUUUAAACAAUGUUUCAUUUGUACUUUGUCAAAGAAAAGCUGUCUCAUUUUUCUGCAAUUAUUUCAAAGAAAAAAAAACUAAUUUGAAAUAAGGAAGGUUUGAAUAAGUAUUAUUCCAAUUUGGAAAGAAGCUUUUCAGAUCCAAUAUUACGGUAGUUAAUUUUUCGGACAAAAUGUCUGGCUAAUUUGUACUUAAUGAUUUGGGGGAGGUCAUUUCCAUGUGGAAAACCCAUCUAUCAUGAUUAAUCGCUUAGGGUUAGGGUUUGGGUUACCCACAACUUAUGCUAGAUCUAUCAGAAUUAAUCAGUUAGGGUUAGGGUUUGUGUUAUCUACAACUUAAGCUAGAUCUAUCAGAAUUAAUCAGUUAGGGUUAGGGUUUGGGUUAUCUACAACUUAUGCCUGAUCUAUCAGAAUUAAUUGGUUAGGGUUUGUGUUAUCUACAACUUAUGCCUGAUCUAUCAGAGUUAAUUGGUUAGGGUUUGGGUUCGGGUUACCCACAACUUAUGCUAGAUCAAUCAGAAUAAAUCGGUUAUGCCCCCGUCAGACCAUACAGCGACCAGAAAAUGCACAAGAUCGCCAGCAAACGUGAACACAAAACGCGAAAAUGUCCCAAAAAAUUACAAAAUUGAAAAAAGUUGUGUUCCAGGUCAGAUUGCAGAACCUUGGCGUUUGUUUUGAACAUGCUCGAAACAAAUGCCGUGACUCAGCGAUCAUUGUCGACCAUGGUGACCACAGCAUCAUAGCUGGCGUUUCCAACACGCUUAUGGCAAUUUUAAUGCGUUCUAAAGCCAUUUUCCGUUGUAGCAGCAAAGUAAAGACGUCAUCCUGUUCUGACGGGGGUAUUAGGGUUGGGGUUGGUGUUUGUUAUCCACAACUUAUACCUUGUUGUGUUAAAGGGGGGUUGGAUGGCCGAAUGGUUAACGCAUGCGUUUUGCAUCAUAAGGUCUGCCAUUGAGCCAAGUGUCCCGCUUGUACGUGACAAGGAGUAGGGUCGUCUGACCAACCUUGUAGGUUUUCUCUAGGGUCUCUGGUUUCCUCCCACUGCUAAAGACCCCUACGUAUUAUGUUAGUCCCGAAAUGACCUAGUUUGUGUUGAGUGGUGUUAAACCUCAUUUCUCUCUCUCUCUCUCUCUCUCUCUCUCUGUCUCUCUGAGUGCUUGGUUAAAAUUUUGUAUAAAGAUUUUUCAUGACAGCCAUGAUUGUAGGUUUUAGAUUUUAUCAUCAUUAGUUGCUUGACGAUAGGACGGCCAUGGUUAUAGUCAGCUCCCUAAAGGGUUGCAGUCAUAAUGCGGAAAUUUAGUGCUUGAUGAAUGCAUUUUGUGUUUAAAGGCAUUUUUUGUUUUACCCAGCUGUGUUUUACAAAUAAUAUGGAAUCUAGUUUUCUACUAUAUGUUUUGCACGGUUUAUGAAUACUUUCAUACAUUGUUUAUUUAGGUUUCUUUUUAUGCUGACAAAAGAACAAAUAUAAGCAGAUUAAAGAUUAGAAUUUCUUUUUGUAGGUGAAAUAUUAUGUUUGUUCAUCUAUUAGCAAAAAUGGCCAAAAUUUGAUAUUUAAUUAAAAUUAUGUGUAAUCCUAAUAAAUUUGAUUAUAUUGAUAUUUGUAGAACUUAAAAUGAUCUGUUAAAAAUAAUUAAAAAAAACUACUCAUAUCUGACUCAGUGUCCUUGUUUAGUGGUUACAAACCCCAGAUAUUAUAAUGUAGCCAGUAUUUUGAACAAUACAGAUCUGAUAUUUUUGUUUUUUUAAAAAAAAAACAAUCUUCCAUUUUAAAUAAUUUAAUACUUAACCCUUGUUGGUGCACGAGGGGUCUCCGUGGGCCCCAUGCACAUGUUUUAUAGUGUUUUGUAAUAACUACUGGUCACUGCUUUCUGAAAUUUAGUGACUUUGUCUCCUAUACAUUUUUACACGUAGCAAAGAAUUUGGUAUUCAUCUGCUUCCCACAGAGUUGUGUUACAUGCAAAUCAGGCCCAACGUUUGAAGAGAACAAGGGGUCGAAUCGGACCCCUAACUUACAACUCACAGUAGGGAUUACAGUAGGGAUUUUGCUAAUGUAUUUGCUGCCUAAUACCAUAUUGCGUAUGCCAGAGUAUUCUCUCUUUUAACAUCUGCAUGUUACAAAUACCAAAAAUUAAAUGAUGAAUUUUGUAUCAAGCGUGAAUUGCCAUUUAACCUCUUUAUCACAUAGUACACAAAGUAGCAAUUUUGUGAGAAUUACUAAAUCUUUUCCAAAUGUCACUAAAAUGUUUUUGUAUAAUAAUUUAGUUGUUUCUCAGUUGUCAAAUAUGAAUGCAAAAAAAAACUAAACCGCUGCCUUUUAAUUAAGAUAUAUCUGUACGUAAAAACUUUGACUUAUAACUGGGGUCCAUAUGGACCCCAUGAUACCUCCUACGUGAUUCUCACUACGUGCACCGACAAGGGUUAAAAUAAUACAAGAACGGAAUUAAUAAUAUUUAAAAAGUCUCUUUUAGUGUUUAUAUCAAAAAGUGUGUCAGGACCCUAAACAAAAAUUUCACAGUACUGGGCCCUGUUUCUCGAAAUCUUAACUAAAGAUAAAAUCCAAAUUUUAGUAGAUACUUGAAUUUUGAUUGGCUUAGCACUAAAAUCAAUCUAAUAUUAUCCAAUCAAAUUACUAAAAUUUGGAUUUUAUCUUAGUUAAAAUUUCGUGAAACAGGCCCCUGAGUAGUAACAUCUAUUAGAGCAAUAAGAUUACAGCCAUCUGGUAACAGCUGGGACCUCAAUUUAACCAUGUUCUAAUUCUGCCUGGUCAUAGUAUGUACAAAUUGUUGACAUUUCGAUCUGUGCUCAGGGCUGUAACUAGCUCAAAGUAAAGAGGGGGGCGGGGAGUGUUCUCGGGGGUGCUGUAAAAUUGACGGACAAUGUAUAUCUACGGUCAACAAUUUUUUUGACAAUGGGGGGGGGGCGAAACUUUUUGCUGGGCGCCCGCCCCCCCUAGUUACGGGCUGUCUGUGCUGCUUGGUAAAAUUCUCCCAGUGUAUGACAUUUUUACUACAGUAGAAACAAAUUAGGUAAAUAAAGAUUAUUACGUUUAGCACCUAUUUAAAUAAAUAUUUAGAAUUUUUAGAAAUAAAUAAAUAAAUAACAAAUAUUUAGAAUUUUUAGAAAUAAAGAAAGGCUAUAAGUAAUAAUUUUGCAUGAAAAUAGACUUCCCCAACUUAAAUAUGGAUAGGCGGGUCACAUUAUUUAGUUCCACAUGACAAACAUCUCUGGAUUAAAAUACAAUAUUUCCAGAUUUGUCCCAAUAAUAAAACAGUAUUUAUUUUAAAUUUUUUGCAUUCGAUCAAAAUAUUUAGCUGAUGAAUAUUUGCCAAAAUAAUUUUUAAUUUUUUCAAGUUGUAUCAAAAUAAUUUUGAUAAAUUAUUAUUAUCACAGUAUGUGUUUAUAUUAGAAUUGUUUUCAAUGUUUAUUUUUAUUAUUAUUAUUUUUAUUAUAUAAGAGAUAUAUAUCUAUAUCUAUAGUUUAGUGUUUGUUAUACUGUCCUUAAAUGUGUUCACACUAUUAUUAUUGUUGUUAAUAUUAAAGUUUUAAUAAAUAAAUAAACCAUUGUUUUAUGAUAUACUUGCAUAUUGCAUAUAUAUCUCUAUGACAGUUGAUAUAUUAUAGAAAUGGGUUGUAUAUUUUGUAAAUACUAUCUAAUGAGCACAGAAAAUAACAAACAUAUCAUUAUAAUAAAUGAAAUAUGUUUCAUCUCA